UGCAUAGGAAAACUAACCUGUGCCUAACCAUUCUCGAUCGGUGAAACACCCACAGCGAUGGCCCGACUGCAUCUCCUCCUCCUCCCUUUCCUAGUUGCCACCGUGGCGGUGCUCGUCUCGCCGUUUGGCCGCACACUUGCUAAGACAGCCAAGAAGAGCGACGACAUCGUCAAUGGCCCCCUUCUCACCUCCAAAAUCAAUGCCAAGCGUACAUUGAUCGUUGGCCCCGAGGACGAGUUCAAAACCGUGCAGGCAGCCAUUGACGCUGUGCCUGUCGGGAAUGCCGAGUGGGUCAUCGUCCAUCUCCGCUCCGGCAUCUACAGGGAGAAAGUUGUGAUCCCAGAGACAAAGCCGUUCAUCUUCAUGAGGGGCAAUGGCAAGGGCCGAACCUCCAUCACCCACGAAUCAACCUCUUCCCACAAUGCCGAGUCUGCCGCAUUCGCCGUGCACGCAAACAACGUCAUUGUCUUUGGAAUUAGCUUCAGGAACAGCGCGCGUGCUGGGCUGCCCAAUACCCCGGAGAUACGCGCGGUGUCUACCAUGGUUAGCGGCGAUAAGGUGGCCUUCUACCACUGUGCGUUCUAUAGCCCACACCAUACCCUCUUCGACGACAUCGGUCGCCACUAUUACGAGAGUUGCUACAUUCAGGGUAACAUCGACUUCAUCUUUGGCGGCGGCCAGUCUAUCUUCCAGUGCCCGGAGAUCUUUGUGAAGCCUGACCGGCGGACGGAGAUCAAGGGGUCCAUCACAGCACAGGACCGCAAGGAAGAAGAUGGCAGCGGCUUUGUCUUCAUCAAGGGCAAGGUGUACGGCGUAGGCCAGGUGUACCUAGGCCGUGCCAAUGAGGCCUACUCGCGUGUCAUCUUUGCUGACACCUACCUCUCCAAGACUAUCAACCCGGCCGGUUGGACCAACUACGGCUACAAUGGACCGACUGACCACAUGGUACUCGGGGAGUACAACUGCACUGGGCCGGGCGCUGCCGAUGCGUCGUCGGAGCGUGUACCAUGGGCACGAAAGUUCACCAAGGAGGAGGCUGACAAGUUCAUAACCGUUGACUUCAUCAAUGGCAAGGAGUGGCUUCCGGCGUUCUACUACUGACCAGCCAACUAAAAGAACACAUAGCAACAUGUAUGUUCAUGCAUGCCGUGGGCUAGUUGUAUCCAUGGUGUCAAUUUUCUAAUCAAUUGAAGGAUUUGGUGUUUUGCAGUAAAAA